GAAGGCUGUAGCGCUGUAGCCACCGUAGCUGUAGGUUUCGUUCUGGGACACGGCAGCGACAACGGUGUGUCCCAACUUUGAUAGCUUUGGUUCUGUUGGUGUGGUAUUUAAAAUGAAUUUGGAGCUGUUAGAAUCGUUUGGACAGAAUUACCCGGAAGAAUUUGAUGGUACUCUGGACUCCAUCAGUCUUGCUGUCACAUGUGCAUUCAACAAAAGGGGAACACUUCUUGCUGUCGGUUGUAAUGAUGGAAGGAUUGUGAUUUGGGACUUCCUGACACGAGGAAUUGCGAAGAUCAUCAGUGCACACGUUCAUCCAGUGUGUUCGCUCUGUUUCAGUCGCAAUGGCCACAAGCUUCUCAGUGCUUCCACGGACAACAGCGUUUGCAUUUGGGAUGUGCUUAAUGGAGAGUGUGACCAAAAGUAUCGCUUCCCAUCACCAAUACUUAAGGUUCAAUUCCAUCCUCGAAAUGAUAAACAUUUCCUUGUGUGUCCAAUCAAGCAUGCUGCGGUGCUUGUCCGUAUUGAUGGUGGACAUUCCAUCGUGCCUCUUGAUGACGAGUCAGACUUGAAUAUCGUAGCCUCAUUUGACCGUCGUGGUCAGCACAUCUUUACUGGAAAUGCAAGAGGAAAGAUUCUAGUGGUAUCUGUGCCCGAACUGGAUACGAAAGCAUCCUUUCGAGUUACAACAGGAACAUCAAACACAACAGCAAUAAAAUCCAUAGAAUUUGCAAGGCGUGGAGACUCCUUUCUGGUGAAUACAGCAGAUAGAAUCAUCAGGGUGUACAAUGCAACUGAGGUUAUGGCCUGCGGUAGGGAUGGUGAACCGGACCCGAUUCAAAAACUACAAGAUCUAGUGAACAAAACAAUGUGGAAGAAAUGCUGCUUCUCAGGAGACGGGGAGUACGUUUGUGCUGGGUCUGCUCGACAGCAUGCACUCUGCAUCUGGGAAAAAAGUAUUGGAAAUCUGGUGAAGAUUCUUCAUGGAACAAAAGGAGAGCUGCUGUUGGAUGUUGUGUGGCAUCCUGUGAGACCAAUAAUUGCAUCAAUAUCUAGUGGUGUUGUAUCAAUAUGGGCUCAACCACAGGUGGAAAACUGGAGUGCUUUUGCCCCAGACUUCAAGGAACUUGAUGAGAACGUGGAAUAUGAAGAACGUGAAAGUGAAUUUGAUCUCGAAGAUGAAGAUCGUAGCCCAUUACAGCACACAGAAAAAGAAGAGGAAGAUGCUGAAGUCGAUGUGGAAACUGUUGAGCCCAUUGUGGCCUUCUGUAGCAGUGAUGAAGAAGGAGAGGACACUAGGGCUCUGCUUUACCUUCCAAUAUCUCCCGAAAUUGACGAGCCCGAGGAGGGGUGGGGCCAGCCUCCAGAACCGGUGGUUGAAGAGCAACCCCCUAAGCGGCCAUCUUCACAAGGAGACUCUCCCAAGAAGAAGAAACCGAAGACCUACGAUAUUGAUCUGAAAGAUGCACCAGUUGGAGAAACGCACCCAUUCUUCAGCUCCAAAAUAAAGGACAAAAGUCAACAGGUUCGGAAGCAGCGCCAAAAACCGAGCAAGUCAUCUUCCCUUUACAAUCAGGAUGCAAAAUCUCCACGGGCGAAGACGUCCAAGGCCGACAAAAUAAAAGACAUUGAAGGCGGAAGUUACGAAGGCUGCAGUUCACCGGCAUAGUGCAGCCAUCACACCACUCAUUGUAUUUAUCAUGUCAUCAUUUUGCCUGUAAUUAUUCACAAUAAAUAUGUUCUUUUUCUUUUUUCA